AUGACAGCACCAAAUGGAGUUGGCAUAGGAUCGCUUGACAACACGUAUCGUAGCACUGAUCAAAUGAAGGAGGCCGUGCUGCUACCCUCUUCUCCAACUUCUUCACGCUCUCGAGUCUGGAUGACAUGGAAUCCUACCAUUCAUAAUCAGAAGGAUGACUCCAGCUUCAAAGUGACCCAAAAGCUGGAACUUGGAAGUGUUAUCGUUUCACAAGGUGAUCACAAUGAACUUUUGGAGCAAUCAGCUUCUCUCGAGACUCAAAAUCUCCCCCAAGUAUCUCCCACUACCACAAAAGUAGAACUGCUAAAGCGGACGCUAAGUGAAGACGAAACUGCCGACAUCAAUGAACACCAGGAGGAGAGGAAAGGAGAAACGGAGAAUAGUCCAUUACUUAAGCACGCAGCCGUUCAAGCAGAAAGCUGUAGAGACAGUCUUCGGACUUCAAAAUUGCCCUACCAGCGUGGAACUCGGCCGUUAGCGCCAAAUUCUAGUCUUUCUAAAGGGGCCGUAAAAUCUCUUCUUGCGGUUAGAGCAGUUCAAAGCAAUGGCACACAAAAUAGAAACUCCCGCUUCACGAGGUUGAGGAGAAAAUGGGUACGCGAGUUCAUGAAUAAAAGGUAA